UUUCGGGCUCAGCAUGCGGUGCGCCAGCCCAGCUUCCCUACUGACCCUUUACGCCGGGCUUUGGAUCUCGAGCCCUGUGCUGGCGCAGGGCCUGGAGGCCAGUGUGCGGCCGGGGGCUGACUGUGAAGUAUGUAAAGAAUUCCUAAACCGAUUUUACAACUCCUUGCUAACCAGAGGAAUAGACUUUUCUGUGGACACCAUACAGAAAGAGUUGAUCAACUUUUGUUUGGACACCAGAGGAAAAGAAAACCGAUUGUGCUAUUACCUGGGAGCCACUGAAGACGCAGCCACCAAGAUGCUGAGCGAAGUCGCUCGCCCCAUGAGCGCACACAUGCCUGCAGUGAAGAUCUGCGAGAAGCUGAAGAAAGCGGACAGCCAGAUGUGUGAGCUGAAAUACGAGAAGAAGCUGGACUUGGCGUCUGUGGACCUGCGGAAGAUGAGAGUUGCAGAACUGAAGCAGAUUCUGCACAGCUGGGGGGAAGAGUGCAGGGCCUGCGCAGAGAAAAACGACUACGUGGCCCUCAUCGAAGAACUGGCCCCCAAAUAUGUGAAGAUAUACCCCCAAACAGAGCUCUGACCUAGGUUGUCAGUG